CAUGGGUGGACCAGGGCAAGGGCCUCGGCCCAUGCUGGUGGGUGCUGCAAACCGGCCGUGCCCUGGCUGCGGGUGACUCAACCUGCACCUGGGGCGUCCCGAGCUCACCCUGCAGGAAAUGAGUCAGGUUUCAGGAAGACAAAAAGGGUGAAGUGAUGGGGCAAGAGCCCUUCCUGCACCCGGAGCGGGCGGCGCCGGGCAGGACCGGGACGGGGAUGGAGGGUCACAGGCGAUGCUCAGAGAUGGACACCUUCAGCACCAAGAACCUGGCCCUGCAGGCCCAGAAGAAGCUCUUGAGCAAGAUGGCUACCAAGACCAUAGCCAACGUCUUCAUUGACGACACCAGCAGCGAGAUCCUGGAUGAGCUCUACCGGGCCACCAAGGAGUACACCCGCAACCGCAAAGAGGCGCAGAAGAUCAUCAAAAACCUCAUCAAGAUCGUGAUGAAGUUGGGCGUUCUCUACCGCAACGGGCAGUUCAGCGCCGAGGAGCUGCUGCUCAUGGAGCGCUUCCGCAAGAAGGUCCACACCUUGGCCAUGACGGCCGUCAGCUUCCACCAGAUAGACUUCACCUUCGACCGCAGGGUCAUGUCGGGUGUGCUCACCGAGUGCCGGGACCUGCUGCACCAGGCUGUCAACGGGCACCUCACCGCCAAGUCCCACUCCCGCAUCAACCACGUCUUCAAUCACUUUGCGGACUACGAGUUCCUCUCGGCUCUCUAUGGGCCCUCGGAGCCCUACCGCACCCACCUGCAGAGGAUCUGCGAAGGGGUUAACAAGAUGCUGGAAGAGGACAACAUAUGAAGGUGGCCGAGGCAGGGCGAGCGCCUGCUUUGAGCGGCACCGGGCUCGGUGUCCUCUUCUCUGCAGCGCAGCCCCAUUUGCUCCUUGUUUCUCCACCGAACUGAACCUCUGGACUGUGUCUAACCCGUGCCCAGGGUCUGCAAACCCCUCCCUGUGCUGGGCUGAGCCCUUCCCAGGUGGCCUCUGGGCUCCUGCUGUACACUUUGGUUUCCUUUGUCCACUAAGUGCUCUUAGCUCCGGCUCCAAGGAACCGGGCUCCUCCCCUUGAUCUCUGUUGUAACUGUUCUGGGGGAGACCCAGACCAAAGGCUCUUGGUGUGUGAGAGCUCUCGGGGGUCUCGGAGCG